AUGACACUAGCAUCUAUAGCAUUCAAAACCGAAUUUGCGGUUGAUAUGACAUGUCAGAACUGCGUAAAUUCUGUUCAAGGUGCUUUACGAGAGAUUUCAGGUAUUGAACGAUAUGAUAUCGAUCUGGAGAAUAAGAGAGUCACAGUCACAGGGAAGACACCACCAUCUCAACUCCUUUCCGCACUGAAGUCUACGAAUCGUCAAGUGAUAGUUCGUGGAUCAUCACCUUCCAAUCCCAAUACAGCUUCUUCAUUUCCUCAAACAGCUGCAGUAUCCAUAUUAGAAUCACCACUACCACUUCCAACUUCAAUCGCUUCCACAUCGAAUAUCCUAUUAGCCACUUCGCCUUCAAAUCCUAAACACGAUCCCAAUCCCACUGAAAAAGGGCUACCUGGCAUGAAUGAAGAAGAAUUUUCCCAAAAAGUAUUUGGUAUAGCUAGAUUCGUACAAAUCGCACCAAAGACUGUUUUGAUGGAUUUAACAGUUCGUUUACCUCCUCCAGCUAGAGUGGGUUUGAACUCGAAUACUGAAAACGAUUGGAAUGUAUACGUUUCAACUACUGGUAACAUGAUAAAUCCGCCUAUAACAACGGGGAAAGAAUUCUUGAAAUUGGGUGAAAUUAAGCCUGAUAAAGAAGGUUAUGGUGAUUUAUUCAAAGAAGUCAAUGGGGAUUUAUGGGAAUGGAUAGGUAGAGGUUGUAUUGUACAAGCUAAAGAUUCAUCCUCAACGUCAACCUCGAUAUCGUCAUCUUCAGCUCCUAGAGAAGACACUUCCAGCUCUAAUUCUACAAUAGGAAAGAUAUUUGCGGGUGUUGUGGCUAGGUCGGCUGGUGCUUGGGGAAACGAAAAGACUGUUUGCGCUUGUUCAGGUAGAACAAUGUGGGAAGAAGGCAGGGAUAUGGAAAAGAAGACCAAAUUAUAG